UUUUUAUAAUUUUUUAUACACAGUACAAACACUAAAGCAAAAAGCGGAUAGGAAAGAGUUUACAAUUAAUAGGCUCAUUGGCAUGUACCAUGCUGAUAAACAACUGUCAACUCAGGUCUAUGUCUCAGACGGAUGUGAAGCGCCGCCUAUCGGUUAAAUGUACUCUUUCCCAAAUCAGUGCAGAUAAAAUCCAGCGGCAGAUUUGAAUCACAGCGUGUUUGCAAACAAAAUUGUUGCUGUUUGUGACUGUAGUAGAAGCAUGGCUAUAUCGACAUCUUGCAAACCUUGUCUUAAUUCCUUAAAGCAGUUCUUAACAAGAAAAAUUUCUAAAGGAAGUAUUAUCCCGAUGUGCCAUUUAAGCCAGAAUGUGGGUAAAGCUGCAUGGAGAAUACCAUUAUCAAAACCAUUUCCACUGGCACCAAAACCUAUUUAUGUUACAAGUGAAAAUUUAAACACAGAAACUAAAGUGGAAACUCUUUCAAAUGGACUUCGAGUUGCAUCACAAAAUAAAUUUGGCCAAUCUUGUGCUAUUGGAGUUGUAAUUGAUUCGGGUUCACGAUAUGAAGUAACUUAUCCUAGUGGAAUAUCACAUUUUUUGGAGAAAUUAGCCUUUAAUUCUACAGCAGAAUUUAAAGACAAAAAUUCUAUACUGCAAGAAUUUGAAAAGUGUGGUGGCGUAUCUUAUUGCAGAGGUACUAGAGAUUCUUUGAUCUAUGGAGCCAUAGCAAACUGCAAAAGUUUGGAUCCUGUAGUAAAACUUCUAUCUGAAGCAGUUUUAAGGCCGAAGUUGUCUUCUGAAGAGAUUGACAGAGCUCAUCAAACAGUACAAUUUGAAUUAGAAGAUUUGGAAAUGAGCCAAGAUCAAGAACCUCUUUUAACAGAGAUGAUUCAUGCUGCUGCAUUUGAGAAAAAUACAGUAGGUCUCCCAAAACUGUGCCCAGCUGAAAAAGUAUUUCAUGUUGACAGAACUGUUUUGUAUACAUAUUUGAAACAUUAUUUUAUACCUUCUCGAAUGGUUAUUGCUGGUGUUGGAAUUGAUCAUGAUGCUCUUGUUCAAUCUUGUCAAAGGCAUUUUGUGGAAAAGCCUCCUAUUUGGGAGACUGAAAAUUUAGCUUUAGAAAAAGAAAUACCAGUGGAUAAUUCUCUUGCACAGUAUACUGGAGGUAUAGUAAAGAGGGAAAAGGAUUUAAGUCUUUAUUUAGGACCAACUCCAAUGUCUGAACUUGCCUAUUUUGCCUUAGGAUUUGAAAGCUGUUCUCAUAAAAGUUCAGAUUAUAUUCCUUUCUGUGUACUUAACAUGAUUAUGGGAGGUGGUACAUCUUUUUCGGCAGGAGGUCCUGGCAAAGGAAUGUAUUCACGACUGUAUACGAAUGUUUUAAAUAGGUAUCCACUGAACAGUGCUGUUGCUUUUAAUCAUGCUUAUAAUGAUACUGGGCUCUUUUGCAUUUCUGCUACUGCACAUCCAUCAAAGCUUAAAUAUUAGUUAACAUUAUAGUGAAUGAGUGUAAAAAUAUGACUGGAAAAAUAUCUCAU